GCGGAGGGCCAUCUUUCCACGGCCGAACCAACGAGCUUGUCUCUCUCCGUGUGGAAAGUCUACAGGCGGAAAGUCUACUGACCGAACUUCAUUCUCAGAGAGACCGUAACCAUUCCACUUCCUCCGUUUAACAAGAUCCAAGAACUUCUGUAAAAGGACAUGCAGUGUCUCGGCGUGGUCGUACUGACCACUGUGCUCGUGGCGACGGCAGCCGCUGUCCAACCCUCCCACCACCUGCUCCUCCCCGGCACCGACGUCGACUCCGAGCGCGUUGUCGGAACAGGUCAUCAUCCGAUAAUCCAAAAGAUCAAUCCUCUGCAAGGUAACAUUGAAAACGCCCUCCUCUUGGGUUGGAAAGGUCCUGAAGAGGAUGCACCCGUCUACCCUGAAGACCCUGCUGUCUACUCUGAGGGAACCAAGUCCCUGUGUCAACUGAAAGAAUUGAUAGACGGCGACGAGGAAGAAGGCACCGUCACAAAAAGGGGCCCUAUACCCAUGCAGGCCUUAGUCAGCGGAAGAUUCGGUCGGUCCGGCCUACACAAGAAGGUUCCUCUCGCCGCCCUCUCGGCAGGACGCUUUGGCAGGUCCCCUCAAAAGGUGCCUCUCGGAGCGCUGACGGCGGGCCGAUUCGGGAGAUCCGAAGUACAGAGCAGGGGCAUCCCCGUGGACGCGUUGAUGGCCGGUCGGUUCGGGAGGUCAACUGGUCUUCCCAAACUCACCCUGGAGGCGCUGGUGCCGGGUCGCUUCGGUCGGUCCGCAGGCCCGAGCAAGAAAGUCCCCCUGGAGGCCCUGGCAGCUGGUCGGUUCGGCAGGUCCGGAAGCCCGACGAAGAAGGUCCCUCUAGCAGCCUUAGCCGUGGGCAGAUUCGGAAGAGACGAGGAGAUGGUACCGCCCCGGGAGCUACGCAGUCCCGGCACCGUCUCCCUGAGGAUGCCCCUGGCUGCGCUGGCCACCGGGCGGUUUGGAAGAUCGGCACCGACAGACGAUGACUCCGGUACGUCAGAAGAAGACCUCGAAGUCAGAAGCAAUUCUCGAGAAGAAGAAGAAAUCGAGGUGGCAACAGAAGAUGACGGAGGCCAUCCAGAGUUGCAAAAGGCACCGGAGCCCAACCAGCACCUGCCACUUUCAACCAUACCGAGGAUGAAGUCGCCAGUGUCUCGGCGUCGGUUCGACUUCAGUAAAUAUAAAAUCCCCCUGGCAGCGCUGAAGACCGGGCGCUUCAAACGGCACCGGGAGGGCCUGGGCGACCAGCACGACGGCAUCCCUCCCACAAACACGCCCAGCCUAAAGGAAAGCUAUGGGAGCGACUCAACGGUGAGGUACAGCCCAUCCAUGGCACUGUCGACGGCCAAUCAUGACCAGCCCACCGAUCAACAGAACGACUACGUCUAGGCAGUACCGUAGACAAACAAGAGGCUAGAGAGGGACACAGGUCGCGGAUAGAAGAUGCAGGAGAGUCUUCAAAACUAACAUCUCGAACAGAAGAAUAGUAGAAACAAGACUUAAUGACAGUAUAUAUCAUACAUAUAUGUACAUUAUAUGUACCCUCUCUUCUUGACCUAAAAAAAGUCAACCUACCUAUGAAAACACUGUUGUUAAGGUUGGUUUCCUUGAAUGACUAAAUCAGGCAAAAUUUCCGAAAAAGCCCCUUGGCUUUAAAAGUGCUCUCUAAAGGUAGAGAAAAAAAGAUCUAUCUGCAGAACUUUUCUUACAUAAUGCUGUCAUGCCCCAGUUUUUUUAGACAAAUUUAUACUAGCACAUUGCUAGCUCUGCCGCAUUUGACGAACAAAUUUUUUUUUAUGGCAUGAGCCUCUGUGCCCAGUUUGCGAGAGUUUAAUGUGAUUUUCCAAUGGGCCACUAA